ACCAUUUUUGCUUCGUUCGCGAAAAAUAAAGCUAAUAUAGAACAACAUCUGAAUUUUAGACGGGAGGUUAAAAUGCUUCAUUCUUUUGUGCACCUCAUUUGAUAAAAUAUGCUGCUCAAAGGAUUUACCGCAUGGUUAUGAUGAAGGUUGCACAAUAAGCAGUCUCUUAUCGCUUAUCUUAGCCAUAUAGGGCGAACUUUUUGCAACAUAAUAACUGAAUUGUUCUUACACACCAAUAAAAAUAUGACUGUUGCUUCAGCAUUAAAGGAAAAAGGACGAAUCGUUAAUAUAACUCAUCAAAUCCCUUAUGAAAUAGCAUUAGAAGAUGGAAACUGGCAAUUUGCACCUCGAAGGGGACAUGGUGCAAUGUAUGGAGGAAUUCACUCUUUAAAAAAAGAAUGGGACGUUCUUCAUAUAGGUUGGACUGGCCUGAUAAGUACUGGAGAAGGAUUGCCCAUUGAGGAAUUAUCACUGGAUGAAGAAAAUUGUUUGAAGAAACAACUACGAGAAAACCACUUCUGCUUACCUAUAUUUGUGGACAAUGAAAGCGUUGCUGGACAUUAUGAUGGAUAUUGCAAAACAAUGCUAUGGCCUUUACUGCAUUAUAUCAUUUGGAAUAAUGCGACUGAUGGUAGACUGGAAAGUAAGCAAUGGGAAUCAUACAAGGCAGUAAAUCAGCGGUAUGCCGAUCUUGCAUCGGAAAUAUAUCAAGACGGCGACAUUAUUUGGGUCCACGACUAUCAUCUUUUAUUAGUCCCUUCAAUGAUACGAGCAAAACAUCCUAAAGCUAGAAUUGGACUUUUCGUGCAUUCACCAUUUCCAACAUCAGAAAUAUUUAGAUGUUUACCUAAGCGGCAAGAAAUUUUGAAAGGGAUGAUCGGAGCAAAUCUUGUUGGAUUUCAGACAUAUGCUUAUUCAAGACACUUUAUAUCUACUUGUACUAGAGUAUUAGGAUAUGAAUCGACACCAGAAGGCCUUCGAGGUUUAGAUGGCCAUUUCUGUCAUGUAGGUACUUUCCCCAUAGGUAUCGCCCCCGAAGAUAUUGCAUCAAGGUGUAACGACCCUAGCGUGCGUUCAAAAUCAGAUGCGAUUAAAGAAAUGUACAGUGGUAAAAAAAUUAUUGUUGGAAAAGACAAAGUGGAUUUGGUUAAAGGCGUCCUUCAGAAACUAGCUGCUUUCGAGAAAUUCCUAUUGGAUUUUCCUGAAUGGAGAAAUAAAGUAGUCAUGAUCCAAUUGACUGAAGGCACAACAAACGAAUCAGCAAAACUCGAGAACAAAGUGUCAGAACUCGUAGCCCAUAUAAACAAUUCAUUUGGAUCACUUGAAUUUGCUCCUGUUCAUCACUUUCAUCAUCAAAUUCAACUUGAUGAAUAUUAUGCUCUUUUAACAGCUGCUGAUGUGGCUGUCAUUACUGCGAACAGAGAUGGUAUGAACACAACAAGCUUAGAAUAUAUUGUGUGUCAAGAAGGAGAAGGAAAACAUGGGCCGUUAAUUCUUUCAGAGUUAACGGGUACUGCUGGAUCAUUAAGUUCUUCUCUAAUGGUUAAUCCUUGGGAUUAUGCUGGUGUGGCAAAAGCUAUCAACGAUGCGCUGGUAAUGUCAGAUGAGGAAAAAUACGGUAGACAUAUGCAAAUGUUGGAUCAUGUAAAAACCCACACUGCAUCAUUCUGGGCUAUGUCCUUUGUAAAUGUUUUGGAAAAAUCAAUUGCUGCUUCUGAACAGUCUAGUCAUACACCACUCUUGGAAAGAAAUUCACUUCAGAAAAAUUACAAAAAAUCAAAGAAGCGACUUCUGUGUUUCGAUUAUGAUGGGACUUUGUCUUCUGUUCGAAAAUUUCCUGGUUCAAGCGCUCCCUCGCAAUCUAUGCUCGAGGCACUCCAAUUACUUUGUAAUGACCCUAAUAAUGAAGUCUGGGUUAUUUCAGGAAGAGAUGAAGCCACAUUAGACAAAUGGCUCGGACAAGUCAAGGGUAUUGGCCUCAGUGCGGAACACGGUAGUUUUGUAAAAUAUCCUUCUAGUUCUAAAUGGAUAAACUUAUUGGAGCAUUUCGAUAUGGGUUGGAAGCAUGAUGUAGUUGAGAUAUUCACUUACUAUGCCGAAAGAACGACAGGAAGUUUCAUCGAACAUAAACGGUGUUCUGUAACAUGGCACUACGGGCUUUCUGACCCCGACUAUGGGGCGUUCCAAUCGAAAGAAUGUCAAAAUCAUUUGGAAAAUGCCAUCUUAUCCAAAUUGCCGGUGGAAAUUUUAGUUGGAAAAAAAAAUUUGGAGGUGCGUCCCACUGCUACUAACAAGGGUGAAAUUAUAAAACGAUUGCUUUCAGCUAAUGGAGAAAUUGACUUUAUUAUGUGCUGUGGCGAUGAUAAAACUGAUGAAGAUAUGUUUAAAAUUUUAAAAAAGGUUGUUAGUUCGGAUUUGCCUGUUUUCUCAAUUAUAGUUGGGAUAGAGGAUAAAAAGACCAUGGCUAGCUGGAGACUUCCAACCGUCCAAGAUGUUUUGAACACUUUUAUAGCAUUGACAAGUAAAUAAAAUCCUUCAUUUUUCCG